CCCUCUCAAAAGGUAUCGAUCGUUGGGGAAUCGGUUUUUCCGGUGGUAUUCCGCUGGCAGGUUCAUGUCGGGUUGAGAGAGGAAUCGUCGGUAUAGCUCGCUCUGUGUUGCUGCUGCCGCUGGGUGGUUUCGUGCUGUCUUGGUAGUUAGUAGGUGGCAAGGAGCAGUCACGUGGAUUAAUCUAGUCCGGGAUAGUUUUAGCUUUCUGAAGCAAUAAGGUAUCCUUGCAAGGCUGGUGAUGCAGUGGUAUCAGUUUGUAGUGGUAUUAUGUGUCAUUUGUUUAUAGGAUUAAUGAUAAGAUGCCACGUUUUUGUUGGUUUGCUUAAGCUGUGGUUGAAACCGAACCAUUCUGGAGUUGUUGAGCAGCUCAUGAAACUCCCGCCACUGAUGUUCUUCAUCAGCUUUCAGUUUAUGUCCCAAUGGAUAGCAUGCCUUUUGGAAAUAAAUCGGCUGAUUCGACUUCCUUUUCAAAGAAAUCCCUCUUGUAUUUGAUUUUGUGCGUUUAUAUUCGUUUGAGAUGAUCUGAUCUGCAGGUCGAAGUCUGGUGCCAAGACCUAGCCAUGGGUGGCAGGAGUGCUAAAUGGCAGAGUUGAAAUCAAUGCAAAUAAAUGUGGGACGCAUCCAACGCCAAGUAAACCAUAUUAUGUGGAUAAAAUCGAUACCAAUGAACAAAAGGUUGUCCACUAUCAAGUUAAUUGUAGACCAGCAAGAGAUCGCAAUACCGGUUCCUACUCUGUGAAGCACCAUUACCCAUCUCCUAUUGUUUCUUGGAUAGAAGACCUUUCGAGCUUCGGCAAUGUUUCUUUUAGCCAGGAUCCUGAAUAUGCUGAUGAGCAAUCAAGAUCUUCAGUGGGGCAGUCUUCAGCAUCUGUCAAUUUGCAUGACAUGCAGAUAUCAGUUAGAUUGACAGAUGAAUUCAUCGAACUUGCAAAGGAGAAUACAGGCAACAAUGUAGAGACUUGUGGAAUCCUAGGUGCUUCAUUUAGAGAUGGGACUUACUAUGUGACUAUGUUGAUCAUACCAAAGCAAGAAGCAACUGCUCAUUCUUGCCAGGCUGUCAGUGAGGAGGAGAUACAUGCUAUUUUAUCGGAGCAAUCACUUUACCCUGCAGGGUGGAUACAUACACACCCUUCACAAACGUGUUUCUUAUCAUCAAUUGAUCUGCACACUCAAUACUCCUACCAGGUUAUGUUACCAGAGGCCGUUGCGAUUGUGAUUGCUCCCACUGAUCCUACUAGGAACUGUGGAAUAUUCAGGCUGACAGACCCAGGAGGGAUGGGUGUGCUUAGGGAGUGCAGUGAAAGUGGGUUCCACGCCCACCGGGAGACAACGGACGGCGGCCCAAUCUAUGAAACCUGCUCCAAGGUUAUAUUCAACCCAAAUUUGAGGUUCGAGAUUGUUGACCUGCGUUCCGCUCCCUGAACAAUGUAAUUCAGCCUCAAACUCUCCAUGUACUCCCUGCGUGCUGCCAAAAUAUGCAAGUAAAAAAAAACAAAUGCCAUAAUCGUCCAGGCAAUACGGCAAUAUCUGCUCAUCGUUUGGAUGGGUUGGGUGGGUAUUACUAAUCCAUGGUAUCAACUGAGCUUUGAUGAUGGUACAGUAAUAUGGUAUUUGUAAGAAUGAAGUGUAACUGGGAGAGAGAAGAAAAGCAGUGAUGAAUUGUCUUACAACUUCUGGCC